CCCAGAAGAUGGAGCAAAGCUGGGUGUCUGUGACCUUGUGGUGGGGUUGCAGGGCAGGUUUGCUGACAGUACGGUACCUGCCCUCUACCUCAGGAAGUGCCUGAGUAUCAGCUCACAGCUCACACACUUCCUCUGCUGUGGUUUCACCUAAAACCAUACCACGUCCCAGAAGAUCGGAAAUAUAAGCUGCUCCACCUCUACCUCCAGAUUGACAGUGGAGGUUCUCGAGAAACGUCAUGGCUUCAGCUACUGGUACCAGCAGGAUGAAGGAGAUUGCCACCUGCUCCAUCUGUCUGAACCUCAUGACACACCCAGUGAGCAUCCCCUGUGGACACAGCUACUGCCAGUUUUGUUUAAAGCUGUAUCUUGAACAGUUGCCACAAAAUCAGGGGCAGAAGAUGUUUACCUGUCCUCUGUGUCGGGAGCCUUUCCAUAAAGAUAACAUGCAUUCCAACAGGCACCUGGCAAAUCUCAUUGAGGUUAUACAGGAAAUGGAAGAGACAGAGGAUGAGCAGCAGUGUGAGGCCCAUGGGCAGCAGCUCCAGCUCUUCUGCGAAGAUGAUGGCCAGUUCAUCUGCUGGCGCUGUGAGCGGGCACCACAGCACCAAGGGCACAGCACAGUGCUGGUAGAGGAUGCGUACCAGGGCUACAAGGAAAAGCUAGAGCAAGCUGCCAGAAAUUUGAAUCAACUUCAAGAGGAGUGUAGGAAUCAGAAGAUGCUCUUAACAACCCAAAUAACUGCGUGGAAGGAUAAGAUAGAGAUUCGGAGACAAAACAUGGAGUCUGAAUUUAAGAAUUUCCACACUUUGCUGUAUGAAGAGGAGAAGGCAUAUCUGUGGAGACUGAAGAAAGAGGAAGAACAAAUGCUGAAGAGACUGAUGGAGAGUGAGGCCAACCUGGAGCAGAAAAGCAACGAGCUCAAGAGCCAGAUGUUGGAACUGGAAGCCAAAUGUCAGAGAUCACCCCAGAAGCUUCUGCAGGAUGUGAAAGACACCUUGAGCAGGACUUGCGCAGUGAAGCUGGAAGCACCCGAAGUCUUCUCCUUGGAGAUUCAGACUGUGUUUGAUGUUGCUGAGCUUUACAUGAACACAAAGAUGAAAUUAAUGCAUCUUCAGGGGGCCUCAUCAGAAAAGAAUAAGAAGGAGGAAGGUAUCUUCCUGACAGACUCUCUGAGUGACAGUGGGGACACUGAAAGAGGAAGUGCCCAUGGCCUCAAAUCAGUCAGUUGGGCUGAUAAAAUGGAAGACCUGGAAGAUGUUUCAACUGGAUGGCAUAGUAGUGAUGAGGAUGUAUGUGGAGCUGCCAGAAUGGUGCACUCUGUCCUUCCCACUGCUCCAUGUGCUGCUCAGGAAUCCAGUGUCGACUGGAACCAUCUUCCCAAGUCUCCACCCUACACUGCUUUUCUUGGGAACCUACCCAAAGAUCUGACAGAAGACUCCAUUAGGGACUUCUUCAGAGGAUUAAAUGUCAAGGUGGUGCACUUACCACGUGACCCCUGCAAUCCAGAAAGGUUGAAAGGUUUCAGUUAUGUUGAGUUUGAGGACCUGGAUUCCCUCCUCAGUGCUCUGAGUCUCAAUAAACAGUGUCUAGGCAAGAGGAUAAUUCGAAUUGUCUUAGCUGAGCAAGCACACCAGGAUAGAAAACAGGUGCCUGACAAAACAGACACAGAUUGGAGAGCCCGUCCUGCUGCAGACAGCAAGGAAGAUGACGGCCUCCCUAGAAGAGGUGGUGAUAGCUUUGGAGCCAAGUAUCACAACUGUCAUAAUUCAGAUGGUGACAGGUAUCAGAAUGGCCUAUCCAGAAAUAGGAAUUUCUGUGCAAGCCAGAAUCACUGUGGUCACCGAAGCAGCAGGGGCAGAGAUAGAGCCAGUGAUUCCAGAAUAAGCAGUAGCAGAGAAACAUUUGGUAGUGGAAACCAUAGUGCUGAUUACUGCGGAGAAGGUGAGGACUGCUGCGAUGGCCAGUAUGCGAGGCAAGAUGAUGAGGGGCCGUGGAGCUCCAGAGACGAUCACUCUACAGAUGGUUCUUGGCGUAAUUAUAGGGCUCUGCCCUACAGACCCAGAUGGAAUCUGAAACCUCAUAGUCGUCCUAAGGAAGAUGCUUCCUCCACUAGCCCCUCCCAGCCCAGUAGAGCACUUUCCAUCUUUGGAGAGGCAAAACCUGUUGACACAGCUGCUAGAGAAAGAGAAGUGGAGGAGAGGCAGCAGAAGGAGCAAGAGAAAUCACAGUGUGGGCUGGAUAAACCUCAGCAGCAGUCAAGCUGGCGAAGUGAAGAAACUCAGGUGUGGUCAAGGACAGGUAGAGUCCAAGAGAAAAGAAGUUUCUAGAAAAGAAGUCUCUAGAAAGUGGUCAAGGAAAGGAAGGUUCCAUUGUAGAUUUGGACCUCAGCCUCACCUUACAUAAGGGAGAAAAAGAAGUCUUUAGAAAAUGAAAUGAAAAUAAAAUAGUAAGGUGUAACAUUGCUACUCUCCAAUUUCUAAGCUUCCUAAACACUAUCAGCUUCUAAGGAUAAUGCCAGCCUCUUCACUUAAGGAGAAUGGGUGGUAAAGCAGCCCUCCUGCUCCACCUCAGAGCUGUGGCAGAAAUCUCCUAGAUAUGGUAGUGUCUGGAGAGGAGGAUCCAAAUCAGUCAUCUUACUGAAGACCAGAAAGGAAAGAUGAAAGUAAAACACUUAAGAUGGACUGGCCAAAUAGUUCAGCAGAUUAAA